CACUGUUCCAGGCCCUGUGCCCGAGGGACUGAUCCGUGUCUACAGCAUGCGCUUCUGUCCCUUUGCACAGAGAACACGUCUUGUCUUGAAAGCCAAAGACAUUAAAGACUGUCCAGUUUGACCAAUGUACAUGGCAGAGGGGCAUUGCUGGCACAUGAUGGCAUAUAUCACAUUGGUGGAUGUGCAGAGACCUCCCUACCAACACUACAAAAAGAAGGAUUCUAGGUGGACUCCUCUUGAAGGUCGAGACAGCAGACUGGACUUCUACAUAGAGUGCUUCCACCGACGUGCACGGGCUGAAAUUGUGGAAAAGCAGCAUCACUUGCCCCAUAACCUCAGCCGUGCGGAACACAAUGCCAUCCACAGCCUCAGAAACAACUCUGACAUCAUAAUCAAAAAGGCUGACAAAGGAGGUGCUGUUGUCAUCAUGAAUAGGUCGGAAUAUGAACAAGAGACUGCUCGGCAGCUCUCCAACACCACUUUCUACAAGCCUUUACCCUCUGAUCCCACUGAGAGUUACCAAAAGAAACUACAGCAUUUGCUCAAGAAACUCCCUGAAAAAGCACAAGAUCAAAUCUGCACAGACGCACCCCUGGAACCCCGACCUGGGAUAUUCUAUCUACUACCCAAGAUCCAUACACCUGGAAAUCCUGGGCGCCCCAUCAUCUCAGGCAUUGGCACCCUGACAGCAGGAUUGUCUGGCUAUGUAGACUCCCUCCUCAGGCCCUACGCUACCAGCACUCCCAGGCAUGAAACAAUCAACAUCAAUCUGAAAAACAAACCUGACUGGCUCUUUGAGAAAAAUCCCUUUGGUUUGGUACCUCUUCUGGAGACCAGCAAGGGUCAGCUGAUCUGUGAGUCUCCAAUCAUAUGCGAGUAUUUGGAUGAAGCAUAUCCUGGGAAGAAGCUUCUACCUGCUGAUCCUUAUGAGCGAGCAUGUCAAAAGAUGCUCUUGGAAAGAUUCUCCAAGUUACCACCUCUAGCCUUAAAACAUCUCCUGGCAGUUAAAAAUGGGGAGGACAGUUCAGCGCUGAAAGCGGAGUUCAUUAAGAAGCUUGACGAAUUUGAGAAGAUUUUAGCUGGCUGCAAGACUGUGUUCUAUGGUGGGGACUCUGUGUCCAUGAUUGAUUACAUGAUCUGGCCUUGGUUUGAACGACUGGAAUUCUUACAAUUGCCUGACUGUCUGCAGCAUACCCCGAAGCUCAGGCAAUGGGUGGAAGCCAUGAAGAAGGAUCCUGCCGUCAAGGCUACGAUGACUGACGCACAAACACUCAAAGGCUUUUUUGAGCUGUAUGUGAAGAACAGUCCUGAGGCAUGCGACUAUGGGUUGUGAGAUGAGGGUGGGCAUAUCCCUGUCACAAAUAUAGCUUCUGUUUUCUCUGGGCACCUGCAGUUGGCUGGGAUGGUGCAGUUCUGUGCUUGCAUUUUAAAAUGGGAAUAAAUCUGUGUAGGAAAGAAUGAGAAACCUCCUGUGAAGUCCCAUCCCUCCUGGUGGUUGGAGGGAGUGCUGGCCUCAGGCAGGAGAUGGGAGGUCACUAGCAGUUGUAUGUAUGUAACCCUUCACAAUCUCUGUCCUCCUCAUUUGUAGAGAGUGAUGCCUGUUUGGUUGCUUUAUGAUUUGGUUUUUGUGAUUCUGGUACUUGAAAAAUAGAGGAGGAAAUCUUUUAAA